AUGCUGCUCAUCUACGAUACCAACCAGAACGGCAACACAGCCCUGUUCCGCGCCGUCUACCCUUACAUCAGCUACGUGCUGAUUCAGUCUACAUACAUGAUUGGGUUUACCUUUUACGAGGAAAACGACCAGAACCGCUGGAACGACACCCCAGAGCCCUUUGAGAAGAGAAGAGCCCUCCAGUUUGCCAACUGGCAGCCUGCUGGCGCUACCAAGGCUGAUCUCUUCUCUUAUGCUGUUGACCGUGAUGGCGCUCCCUUUGGCAACAACAACUUGAUGGCUACCGACUACUCGUGGACCAGAAGACUCAUCACUGCCAUGAACCCUUAA